UGGUGAUCUACUACAUAGUAUUCAGAUAUGUGACUCUGAAUUUCGAAUAUACUCUGGGAUAAUUCAAUCAACACAGCUUGUAGGUAUUUGUAUAUAUUCCGUGGAGAUACCGAUUUAUUCUAGUCCUACGAGGUCAAUAUUGCACAAACCACUCUACUUAUACUCAACUCCCUAUCUGCAAUAUUCCCAGCUUAUUGGCGAGCAGUGGUGGACCCUCAAAGUCUGGGGAACGGAACCCCCGCGCCCAUCAGGAGAAGAAAAGGAAUCUAUCCGCACAUUUUCCUGCCUUUCCUCACACCCCGAACGCAUCGGAUCAUCCAGAAGAUUGCCUGCCAUGGCUUCAGCUUCCCCCCAGGCUGAGCAGACGUUGCCUCAGCCAGCAGCAGCAGAGCAAAACGAUUCUCCCACCUCCGACAACGGGAAACGAAAGGCGGAACAGCCCAACGGAACGCAAACGCGCUCCAAGCGGAAUCGCUACAUCUCCAUCGCCUGCAAUGAAUGCAAGCGUCGGAAAAUCAAAUGUAAUGGACAGGUCCCUUGCCAACGUUGUGGACACCUCAAGCUUGAAUGUCGCUAUGCCCCUAAUUGCUGCAAUAAUAACUUCAAAGACUCCGAGGAAUUCCGAUCGAUGAAGGACCAGAUUGCCACUCUUCAGGAUCAAGUCAGCAACCUGUUCUCUAGCCUCAGCGAGCUCCGCACACAGAAAACCGCAUUCGAUUCCCCGAAUUUCGACAAUUUCUCCCGUGAUGGCUCUCAUUCGGUCAUUACACCUAUACAUGCGCCUCCUAGUAAACCGCGGAUAAGACAUCCUAGAUUUCAAGGACCCACGAGCUCUGCCUUCAAUUUUGACGUCGCCAGAUCCAGCCUUCGGCAUAUGGGCAUUACAACCGCUGAGGAAGUCAUUCAAGAUGAUCUCACUAGCGCACACGCUACGCCUGCAGAUUCACCUCCCCAUGGAUCUGCAUUGGCAUCCAGUAUGCAUCCCACCAAAGACCCCAUAUGGGCAAUUAAGAGAGAGGAAGCUUUACGAUUGUGUCGCGUGUAUGAUGAGGAGGUCGGUAUAAUGUAUCCGCUUGUCGAGAUUGACCGGGUCAUCGAUCAAGUCAACCUGCUUUAUAUCUUUAUGGAAGCGGCGAUGCGGACUGGGCUCAUGCAUCGAGGGAUAGCAGGUACAGAUGGCCUCGAAGAUGACAACACGAAUCUUUUGAAAAUGAUACUCGCUACUACCCUCGUCGUGGAAGGCGGUGGACAGAGCGAUCUCGGCAAACGUCUGUAUCUGAGCGUGAAGCCGGUGAUUGGAUCAAAACUUUGGGAAACGCUGGAUAUCAAGACUAUCCAACUUCUUUCCAUUACGGCAACGUAUCAUUUUCACACGGACGAAGACGCUCUCGCUUACCGUAUCAUCGGGGUUGCUGCUCGUAUGUGCCUUGAGAUGGGCUUACAUAGACGAGACGCGCUAGCCAAAUUAUUCCCAAAUGAGGCACAGUGGCCCGAAAUUGUGAAAAUAUUCUGGGCCAUUUACUGUCUAGACAGGCGGUGGAGUCUUGGUACUGGGCUACCAUUUGUCAUACAAGACGAGGAUAUCGAUCCCAACCUACCAGAACCGGAUGCUUCAUUGCCAUAUAUGAGGUGUAUGGUAUCAUACAAUCGCCUCGGCUCUAAGAUCUGGUACGCUGGAUUGGGCUCUGAAGGCACCACAGACAUACGGCGAGAUGAGAUUGGCUAUUUGGAUUAUCAGAUUCUACAGUGGUAUAAAAAAGUUCCAGAUGUGCUGAAAUUUUAUCAGAGCGACUCUCCGAGACAAGGAGAGACCGCCAGCCGCGGUCUCCGACGGCUGCGGGUGCUUUUAUACUUGCGAAUGAAUCAACUACGAAUCCUCAUCUACCGACCUGUCCUUCACUCUGCAGCGAGCAUUGCGGAAGGCAAGAGCCAUGCUCAAACUGUGGUGGAUGUCGCCAAAGACACAGUGCGCGUACUAACCCGACUGAAUCAAACUUCGGACAUUUACCGUACACAGCAAGUCACCUUCAACUACUUUCUGGUUGCGGCUUUAGCCGUCCUCUUUCUAGCCGUAUGUCACGCUCCUUCUGAAUUCAACCGCCAAGUGCGGGACGAGUUCUACCUGGCUCUUGAUCUUGUCAACGGAUUCAGCACCAAAUCUUACGUUUCGAAGCGUCUGUGGAAGACCAUCAAAGGUCUCCGCAAGAUUGGAGAAAAACUGGGGGUUCUAGCUCGUCCGUUUGGGUCAGAUGACAAUGACCCGCACUCGACAGCAGCCGUCGCCAUGGCCGGUCUAGCUGGGCACCCGAUGGAAGAUUUAUCGGUUUACAGGCCCAUGAAUAGCGUCGGAGAGUUAGGGAAUAGCCCCUUGAAUGGCAUACAGAUGAGCCACGAGCUUACGAAUCUAUUCGAGGCGGUCGGAGGAUUUGGCACCUUUAUGACGUCGGCCGGAGCAGAAGGGAUUAAUGGGUUUGUCGGCCAUGACGGAGGAUUACAGAAUACCGGGGAAGGUCUUUCGGGGGUGCUAGGAGAUGAAGGCGAAUUUUCGCGAGUCAUCAGGGAUUUGUUCUAGGCCUUGUCUUGUUCUAAUAUUGAUACCAUACGGACUGCUUUUCUUGUAGCGUCGAGCCCCCAAUACCCAGGUUUCUAUCAGAACCC